GUUGAAAACAAAUUAUUGACUAGUUUCUAUUUGAUAAAAUGUCUAAUUAAACUCACUUAUCGUACUUAGUCAGUGCGCAUAUGUGUGUGUGUGUUGUGUGCUGUGCGCGAACGUCUGUUGUGUCGCUGGCAAAAGCAGUAAACAUAUGCAAGUAGGAUACUUGCCAAAUUGUGGGGUGUUGCGUGCCAAAUUCAGUUAAGGUAGAAGCCAAUUAGCGCUGCAAAGUAUAACAAAAGUCUGGAGAACUAUGUCACUGCCAGGCAACGGUAUUUAUGUGGUGCGCGGCGAAAUGGCCACAAUAAUGACGGCCAUGCGUCGCGGCACUCGCUGGAAUGCAACAGCCUACGUGGAUGAAGAGAAAGAUGCGUUGUUGAAGCUGUUUAUAGAUUUAAAGCAAGUUUUGAAUCGCGUAGAGGAGCUGGACCUGCGUUUGAUAGAGCCAAAUGUGUUUCUUGCUCCCUUUCUGGAGGUAAUACGUACAGCGGAUACUACGGGUCCGCUAACUAGCCUGGCGCUGGCCUCGGUACACAAAUUUCUUUCGUACGGGCUGAUAGAUCCCACCACACCAAAUCUGGCUGUUAUAGUGGAACUCAUUGCAAAUGCUGUGACGCAUGCACGUUUUAUGGGCACCGAUCAGUCCUCAGACAGUGUGACCUUUAUGCGUGUCAUCGAAGUGCUACACACGCUUAUACGCAGUCCCGAAGGCGUAGCCGUCAGCAAUGAAUCCAUGUGCGAAGUCAUGCUUAGUUGCUUUAAAAUCUGCUUCGAGUCACGCCUGAGCGAGCUACUGCGUCGCUCCUCCGAACAGUCACUCAAGGAUAUGGUGCUAUUGUUCUUUAUGCGUCUGCCGCAAUUCACAGAGGAGCGCAGCGAUACUGUGUUGCAAAAACGUUUUACCUUUGAUGCUGCCAGUGCGACGGCAGACAAGCAAAAGCUUAAAACACGUAAGGCGUCGAAUGUGGAUGAACAGCAGGCAGUAGCAGCAGCAACAGCAGCAGCAGCAGUACCACCACCACAGACGCCGCAUAGCACGCUGUCAGUGCCGGCUCAUGCCAAGGCGUCUAUAUUAGCUACAACACCAGCAUCUCCAGCUGCAGGAAAUGUAUUGGAUAUGCAGGGAAAGAUAACACAGACCCCAACUACCAUAGCCAACAGCACAACAAACGAAGUGUUGGAGUCGUCAGCCGAAGUGCCAGCCAUACAAGUGGAUAACAGCGCUGCAGAGUCGAAUGCUGAGGGUGAAGUCGAGGGAAAUGUCACUACGCUGGCCGAAUCCCACAGCAGCGAAUAUAUUAACUCUGUGGGCGUGCGCUUCACACAACAAACCUCUACAACCGAUGAAGCCACCACACUGACACCAUAUGGCUUGCCAUUUAUACAGGAGCUGUUUCGCUUUCUUAUCAUACUCUGUAAUCCGCUGGAUAAACAGAACACAGAUAACAUGAUACACACGGGCUUGAGUCUGCUUACUGUGGCCUUCGAGGUGGGCGCAGAUAACAUAGGCAAAUAUGAAACGCUGCUGGAGCUGGUCAAGGAUGAUCUUUGCAGAAAUCUUAUUGCGCUGCUAAGCUCGGAGCGCUUGAGCAUCUUUGCGGCCGACUUACAAUUGUGCUUUUUGCUCUUUGAAUCGCUGCGUGGCCAUCUGAAGUUCCAGCUGGAGGCCUACCUUAGAAAGCUAACCGAAAUCAUAGCCAGCGAUAAUCCCAAGACGCCCUAUGAAAUGCGUGAACUUGCGCUGGACAAUCUGCUGCAGUUGUGGCGCAUACCUGGCUUUGUCACCGAGUUGUAUCUCAAUUAUGACUGCGACUUGUAUUGCACAGAUAUGUUUGAGAGUCUUACCAAUUUGCUGAGCAAGUAUACGCUCUCGGCCACCAAUGCUGUCUACAGCACGCAUAUACUAUCCAUGGAGACGCUAAUAAGCGUCAUUGACAACAUCGAGCGUAAUUGUGCCGCCAGCAAAAGCAAUAGCGCUCACGGCAAUGCUAUAAUGGAUGCACACACGCCCGCUGCAGUGGGUGGCAGUCGUCAUUCGCGUCAUAAUAGCGGACUCGAGGGCAUUGUCAUCGACAAUGGCGAGGAACGCGUUGAGAACAUUGCUAGCUUUAUUAACCAAAGCACACAGCGUUUGCGGCUGCAAUCCACCUGCAUGAGCAGCGAGCAGCUGGCUAGCGUCAAAGAGAAGAAGCGUCUGCUGUCCAAGGGCACCGAAUGGUUCAAUCAGCGACCCGACAAAGGCAUUUUAUAUCUGCAGGAGCAUGGCAUACUUAAUGCUCAGCUAGAUCCCAUGCAGGUGGCGUUAUUCCUACGCGAGAAUCCUGGACUGGAUAAGAAAAUGAUUGGCGAAUAUAUAUCCAAGAAGAAGAAUGUCGACUCCAAGAUAUUGAUCAACUUUGUGGACUCUUUUGACUUCACAGGCUUGCGUGUGGAUCAAGCGCUGCGCUUGUAUCUGGAGACAUUCCGCCUGCCUGGCGAGGCGCCGCUAAUCUUUCUGGUGCUCGAACACUUCUCUGAGCAUUGGCAUACCCAAAAUGCACAGCCCUUUGUCAAUACCGAUGCCGCUUUUCGCUUGGCUUAUGCUAUAAUAAUGCUUAACAUGGAUCAGCAUAACUCCAAUGCAAAGCGUCUCAAUGUGCCCAUGACGCUAGAGGAUUUCACCAAGAAUUUGCGCGGUCUUAAUGGCGGCAAUGAUUUUGAUCAGGAAAUGUUGGCGCAGGUCUUCAAUGCCAUCAAAAACGAAGAGAUUGUUAUGCCCGCUGAACAAACGGGCUUGGUGCGCGAAAACUAUUUGUGGAAAAUGCUGCUGCGACGUGGCGCUACGCAUGAUGGACACUUUCACUAUGUGCAUGAUGCUGCCUACGAUGUGCAGAUCUUUAAUAUUGUUUGGGGCGCCUCGCUUAGUGCGCUUAGCUUUAUGUUUGACAAAAGCACCGAGACGGGCUAUCAACGCACGCUAUCCGGCUUUAUUAGAUCGGCGGCAAUUUCGGCGCAUUAUAAUCUGCAUGCGGACUUUGAUGCACUCGUAUUGACGCUCUGCAAGUUCAGCACCUUGCUGAGCAGCGUGGAGCAACAUGAGCCAGCGCCGCCCAACAAUGAAAUCCAACUGGCUGUUAACUUUGGCUUGAACUCCAAGGCGCAGGCAGCUAUGCGAACUGUUUUCUUGCUUGUGCAUGACUAUGGCGAUUGUCUGCGCGAUAGCUGGAAGCAUAUAUUGGAUUUAUUCUUACAACUAUUCCGGCUCAAGCUGCUGCCCAAGAACCUCAUGGAGGUGGAGGAUUUCUGCGAACCCAAUGGCAAGGUGCUGCUUAUAAUGGAAAAGCCACGCGAGCAGCGUGAGUCCGGCUUGUUCUCCAGUUUGUAUUCGUUCAUAAGCUCGGAGGCUCAGCGUGAGCCCAACUAUGAGGAGCAGGACUUUAUCAAACAGGGCCGUAAGUGCAUCAAGGAGUGCCAGCUGGAUCAAAUGCUGCAAGAGUCUAAGUUUGUGCAGCUGGAGUCGCUGCAGGAGUUGCUCAAGUGCGUGCUAUCAUUGCUCAAGGCGCCGCAGUCGCCCAAAAGUAGCGGUCAGCCCUAUGCGGAGGAUAUCACUGUCUUCUGGAUGGAGUUUCUGGUCAAGAUCGUCGUGCACAAUCGUGAUCGCAUGUUGCCCUAUUGGGCAGCGGUGCGUGAGCAAAUGUUCCAGCUGCUCCAUGCAAGCGCACAGCAGGGCUAUGACUAUCUGUUGCAUCGCUGCAUUGUCGCCGUGCUCAAGUUGGCGAUAUAUUUGAUGCGCAACGAGGAGCUGUGCCCCAUAGUGCUGCAGUCGCUCAAACUGCUGCUGCAGCUGCAGCCAUCACUGCUGCUGCGCAUCUCCAAGCAGAUUUCCAUUGGCAUGUAUGAGCUGCUAAAGACGUCGGCACAGAACAUACAUUCUGAACAGGAUUGGCAGAUUAUCUUUAAUUUGCUGGAAUGCGUGGGCGCAGGCGCAGUGCCGCCUACUCUGGAGGAUGCUGUAGUGCAGCAACAACAGCAAUCGAAUGGUGUUGUGGCGCCAGAGGAACAAAACAGCUUGGAGCGUGGCUACACUUCCGACUCGGAGCUAAACAAGCCGGCCACUGCGAGUCCCACCACAGAGAAUUGGAUUAUGGUUAAUAAGGACAGCGAGCUGAGCACCAAUUCCAGACCACAAUCACCACCUAGUGCUGCCAGUACGCCGCCUAUAAGCUCCUCCUUGGUGUACAAUUGUCAGCUACUGGAUCAUGCACCAUUUGCGCUCUUCAAGUGCUGGGAUUCAUUGGCUUUCAUAGUGCGCAGCGUGGCGCACAUAACGCCCUACAAUUUCGAGGCCUGCGUGCGUUGCAUUCGCAUCUUUGUGGAAGCCUGCCGGGAUGGCGGCAUACGUCAGCGCCGCAAGCACGAGCAGCAGUCCAAGCAGCAGUCGUCUAAGCAGCGUCAGCAAAACGCACGCAAACUGGGCGUCAUAGCCUCCACUUCGAGUGGCAAUCUUAGCACAUUGGCUUCCUCGGAUUUGGGCGAUGCGAGCACGCCCAAUGCUGCAGAACAGGAGGAGCUGGCGCAGCGCUAUGAGCAGCUAUCCAUACAGCUUCUGGACUUGAUGUAUACGCUUUAUACGCGCACAGCGCAAAUCUUUCGCUGGUGGGCAGAGGAAGGCUGCACAGUGCCGCAGUCGGCAGCGCUUUGGACGCCCGGUUGGUGUCCAUUGCUGCAGGGCAUUGCUCGCCUGGCCAUGGAUAGACGGCGCGAGGUGCGCACGCAUGCCAUCUCCUGUCUGCAGCAGCGUGCGCUAUUAGUGCACGAUCUGCAGACGUUGACGGGCAACGAGUGGUGCUCCUGCUUUCAACAGGUGCUGUUUCCGCUGCUGAACGAACUGCUGCCGGAACAGGCGGCGGCGGCGCAGCUGGAUGCCUCAUUGCUGGAGGAAUCGCGCAUACGCACGGCUACCAUAAUGUCCAAGGUGUUUCUGCAGCAUCUGACUACGCUCAUAGAGCUGGGCGCUGCCUUUAAUGAGCUCUGGCUGGAGAUUCUGGAUUACAUAGAGCGUUUCAUGAAGGUCGGCUCGGAUACGCUGUCGGAGCAAAUGCAGGAGAUACUGAAGAACAUGCUGCUGGUCAUGCAUUCGGUGCGCGUGUUCCAUAAUCAGGAUGGCACGCUUCAGCAGGCCUUGUGGGAGUUAACCUGGCGACGCAUUAGCGAAUUUCUGCCCAAUCUGAAGCAGGAGCUGUUCCAUGAUGAAGGCAAACGAGCUCAAACGCUGACCAACAAUGCCGCAGCCAUUGCAGCUGCCACUGCCGCACAGCAGCUGCCACAGGUGGCCGUCUUGCCACAAGCUGCAGCGCAGCCAGCAGCAACUCCAGCUGAACUUGUUAUCAGCGCUGUGUCCGCUGAUUCGUUGGUCUCGCCUGUGGAAUCGCCACGACACAGCAUCAUAUUGCAGCCGCCCAUGGCUGAGGCGUUACAGCAAGCACCCAGCUUUAUGUUUGCUCAGCCUAUGUUGGUAGCACCACAGCAGUCAGCUGAGACGCAAACGCAAAAUCACAACAAUACCUUGCUACCGGAUUUGGUAAAUGAAGCAGCUGCUGCCAAUAGUUACGUCACGCCUAUUAGCAGUCCGCGUCAAGCAGCAUCGCCCACGCUCACGCCUACGCCCACUCUGGUGAACAGCAAUAGUUAUGCAAUUGAAUUGCCCCCCACGCCACCAAGCAUUGAGCAACAGCAGCAGCAACAGUUGCUCUAUCAGCAAUACCAGUAUCAGCAAUAUCAGGCACAGCUACAGCAACAACAACAGCAGCAGCAGCAACAGCAACCAGCAUAUCCAUCGCUGCCCAAAAUGCCACAUGCCAACAUUGUGCAAAGUUUUGUGCCUGUCUAUGAGCCACCAGCAGCAGCUGCUACAGCCGGCAGUGCUGCUGAAAUCUAUCAGGAAUAUGUGCAAAAUCCCUACAAUUUAACGCUGCAGCAACAGCUGCCACCGCAGCAGCAGCAGCAGCACCAGCAGAUGCAGCCACCACCACCACCACAACAACAGCAACAGCCAGCUGAGUUAGCUUUAGCAUCGCCAGCGAGUUACUUCAAUGCCAACAUUGAUCCCAGCACUAUACCGCCUGGAUCGGAGCUGCUCUAUGGCCAGCAGUAGUCAGCUUUAAGCUUUGAAUAGCAAGACGGUUCCCUAACCGUAUACGUUUUCUAUUUUUAUUAGUCAAUUUACGGGGCGUUUUAUUAUGUUAUGUGUGUCUCUAGUGUUUGUAGUAUAUAAAAUUUUGUGUACAUUUUCAA